GAUCAUGUGACGAUCCAAGAUGGCGGCGCCCGGCGAAGCAGAAGAAGAUGCGACGGUUUACUUAAUAGUGAGUGGCAUCCCCUCGGAGCUGCGCUCGGCCCAGCUACGGAGCUACUUCAGCCAGUUCCGGGAACAGAGCGGCUGUGGCUUCCUUUGUUUCCAUUACCGGCAUCGUCCUGAGCGGGCCCCUUCCCAGGCUACUCCCGAUUCUACCCUAACUCCUAUAGGCCAGAGUCUUACCCAGAUUUCAGUCACUGAUGGCCACACUUUCUCCACUCGGGACUCUGUCCUCGCCCAGACCCGCACCUGCUGCUGCGUCAUCUCCGUACGUGGGGCGGCUGAAGCCAAGAGGCUUCUUCGCAUGUAUUCGGGCCGUCGGUGGCUGGAUUCUCAGGGGACUUGGUUGCCCAGUCGUUGUUGCAUCCGCAGACUUCGGCUACCUACUGAGGCAUCAGGUUUGGGCUCCUUUCCCUUCAAGACCCGGAAGGAACUGCAGAGUCGGAAGGCCAAGGGUGAAUCCUUUACUCUUGCUGACCUAAAGCAAUUGCCAGAGCUGAAUCCACCAGUGCUGAUGCCCAGUGGAAAUGUGGGAACGCCCCUGCAGGUCUUUCUGGAGUUGAUCCGGGCCUGCCGCCUGCCCCCUCGGAUUAUCACCCAGCUGCAGCUCCAGUUCCCCAAGACAGGCUCCUCCCGGCGCUAUGGCAAUGUGCCAUUCAAAUAUGAGGACUCAGAGACUGUGGAGCAGGAAGAGCUUGUGUACACAGCUGAGGGUGAGGAAAUACCCCAGGGAACCUACCUGACAGACAUACCAGCCAGCCUCUGUGGAGAGCCUGAGGAAGAAGGGGGAAAGGAGGAGGAAGAAGAGUCACACUCAGAUGACGACGAUGACCGGGGUGAGGAGUGGGAGCGACAUGAAGCGCUGCAUGAAGAUGUGACCGGGCAGGAACGUACCACUGAGAGGCUCUUUGAGGAGGAGAUUGAGCUCAAGUGGGAGAAAGGCGGCCCUGGCCUGGUGUUCUACACUGAUGCCCAGUUCUGGCAGGAGGAAGAAGGAGACUUCGAUGAACAGACGGCCGAUGAUUGGGAUGUGGACAUGAGUGUGUACUACGAUAGAGAUGGUGGAGACAAGGAUGCCCGGGACUCUGUCCAAAUGCGUCUGGAACGGAGACUCCGCAAUGGCCAGGAGGAUGGCUCUGUGAUUGAACGCCAGGUGGGCACCUUUGAGCGCCACACCAAGGGCAUUGGACGGAAGGUGAUGGAGCAGCAGGGCUGGGCUGAGGGCCAGGGCCUGGGCAGCCAGUGCUCAGGGAUGCCUGAAGCCCUGGAUAAUGAUGGCCAGCACCCCAGAUGCAAGCAUGGUUUGGGGUACCAUGGAGAGAAGCUACAGCCAUUUGGGCAAGUGAAGAGGCGUCGUGGAACUGGUUUGGGGCUCAUCUCCACCAUCUAUGAUGAGCCACUACCCCAGGACCAAGGGGAGUUGCUGCUCAGACGCCAGCCACCCACCAGCAUGAAGUUUCGGACAGACAUGACCUUUGUGAGGGGUUCCAGCUCUGCCUUGGAAGCUUCUCAGAGCCUGAGUGACAGGUUCAGGGGCUUCCUUAGUCAGGAUCACUCCUAACUGCAGUAGCAAACCUCUGUCCUGGCCUUAUCUCCCACCGAAGCAGGAAGAAGUCUGGGAGCAGCAAUCUGUGAGGCUCCUUCAGGGUGCUUUGUUUUAAACUUGCCUUCUGGCUCUCUACCUCAGGGGCUUUUUCCCAAAAGGCUCCCUAUCCUCCCCUUUGAUAUAAAGGCUUAAUUGCCUCUCUUUUUUUUUUCUUUACUGAUUAUUUUUUUUGUUUUUU